UGGGUGUGCCUGCAGGUGGAGCCCUCCUUCUCACUUGACAAGAACAGAAGUCAGUUUUUUCUGAGUGAUUACAAUGGGAAUUUUUCGUACGAAGAUAAUGGUUCUUAUGAAUUCCCCGAUGACUACAGCAUGGACUUGGCCGCCCCCUGCCACUCCUGUCACCUGCUGGACGAGUCCUCACUGCCCUUCUUCAUUCUCACCAGUGUCCUAGGUGUGCUGGCCAGUGGAGCUGUCCUCUUCGCACUUCUCAGGCCUCUCUUUCACUGGCAGAUCUGCCCUGGCUGGCCCAUCCUGGCACAGUUGGCAGUAGGCAGUGCCCUCUUCAGCACUGCGGUGCCAAUCCUGGCACCAGGGUUAAGCAAUGCCCAUAAUAGUGCCCUGUGUGGCCUAGGCUACUGGGUCUGGUAUAGCUCAGCAUUUGCCCAGGCUCUGAUAAUAGGGUGCUAUUCCUGCAUGAAACCCAAACUAGGUGCAGGCCAGAUCCCAAGCCUCACUUUGAGGCUCACAGUGGGACUUUGGGGAGUGGCUGCCCUAUUAGGAUUGCCAAUCACCUUUGCCACGGACACUCACAAUGGCCUCUGCACCCUGGCAUCCAGCAGAGGUCUGGGGGCUUUGAAGUCCACGCAUGCUGCAAUCUGUUUUACCAUCUUCACCCUGUUGCCAGUGGGGAUUUUGGUAGCCAAGGGGCUGAUAAAGGCACUGGGCAUGGGACCAGCCCCUUGGGUUAGUAUCCUUUGGGUCUGGUACAUUUUCUGGUUGCCACAUGGAGUGGUUCUGGUAUUUGAUACCUUAGUGAGUUCCAAAGUCUUGCUUUUGCCAACAUGCCCAGCCCAGCAGAGUCUGGAUAUAACGCUGCACCUGGCAGAAGCCCUGGCCAUGGUGCAUUGCGUGGCUGCGCCCAUGCUCCUGGCCCUGCUCUUCCACCAGACCACCCAUACUUCCUUGCCCUCUCCGGCCCUCCUUGUGAGACCAUCUUCUCAUGGGGACACCACGGGCGUAAAAUCCUAGCUUUCAUCCCAGCUGUCAACCUGAAUUAAAGUAUACACUGCUUUUAUGAA